UACGGGCGUACUUAACACCCAGCCACAUCCCAGGCCUCUCAGAAACCAGAAGUCUGAAGCUUCUCAGUCCAGCCCAGGAGCUUGCCUCUGACCUCUGAUCCUGACCCCUUCCUGGUCUCUUCCACACAGGUGCCUGGUCCAGCAAACCAUGCAGUGAGCAAUGCCCCGCCCCAGACACCCUCGCCCAGUAUCUGGGCCAGCCCGUUUGGGACCCUGGGAGCGGCCAACAGAGCAAUGCCUGGAGGUGUAUGAUGAGCCACCUAAACCCCCACAAAGCCGUCACACCCGCAGGCCAGACCCCAAGGAUCCUGGCUGCCAUGGGCCCGAGAGCCUCACCUUCAUAUCUGGCUCUGCUGAGGCAGCCACUGAGCCCCCUGCCUGCUGCCAGCUCUGGCGACCCUGGGUGUGGGACUGGUGUCGGGCUGCCUUCUGCUUCCGCCGCUGCUGGGAUUGCCUCCAGCGCUGCGGAGCCUGCGUGCAGGGCUGCAGUCCCUGCUUGUCUGCCAGGGACUCUGCUGAGGGGGCUACAGAAGCCAGCUGGGCCAAGGAGCACAAUGGGGUGCCCCCUAGUCCCGACCAUGCACCUCCCAACCGCCGGGAUGGCCAGCGGCUCAAGUCUACUAUGGGCAGUAGCUUCAGCUACCCUGAUGUCAAGCUCAAAGGCAUCCCUGUAUAUCCCUACCGCAACGCCACCUCCUCAGCCCCUGAUGCGGACUCCUGCUGCAAGGAGCCACUGGCCCAGCCCCCGCCCACAAGGCACAGCCUACCUAGCACCCUUGCCAGCAGUUCCCGGGGCUCGGAGGAGUACUACUCCUUCCAUGAGUCGGACCUAGACCUGCCAGAUAUGUGUAGUGGCUCCAUGUCGAGCCGAGAGAUCGACGUGCUAAUUUUCAAGAAGCUGACAGAGCUGUUCAGUGUACACCAGAUUGACGAGCUGGCCAAGUGUACGUCAGACACUGUGUUCCUGGAGAAGACCAGUAAGAUUUCGGACCUUAUCAGCAGCAUCACGCAGGACUACCACCUGGACGAGCAGGAUGCUGAGGGCCGCCUGGUCCGUGGCAUCAUUCGCAUCAGUACCCGCAAGAGCCGUGCCCGAUCACAGCCCACGGAGGGGCGCUCAACUCGGGCUGCUGCCUCUGCUGCUGCUGCCCCUGACAGUGGUCAUGAGACCAUGGUGGGCUCAGGCAUCAGCCAGGAUGAACUGACAGUGCAGAUCUCCCAGGAGACGACCGCCGAUGCCAUCGCCAGGAAGCUGAGGCCUUAUGGAGCCCCAGGGUACCCAACCAGCCAUGACUCAUCCUUCCAGGGCACGGACACAGACUCCUCAGGGGCACCCCUGCUUCAGGUGUACUGCUAACCUCUGCCAGGCCCAGCGGCUGCAGCCCCUUCUGAGAGAAAGCAUUGUCUACAGAAUGGAAAGGGAGACCAGGACCCUCUGGGCGAGUCUGGGCCAUGAGCCUAGGAGCAGUGCCCACUCUGGUUCCUCCUGUCUUGGCUGACUGGUUCCUGGACCACGUGCAUUUCAUUGGGCCAUGGUGUCCACAUCGCCUUUGCAUCUCCAGCUGGCCCGAACCCUACCUGGCCUGUUCCUUCUUGCCCAUGGCCUUCAGGUGGCCUGGGUCAUGGAAAAAGAGUUACCUUUUGGGAUUGAAUCCCAACUCCACCCCCAUACAGGGCUUGGAACCGGUUGAUUCUGGUUGGAACCCUUGCUGAGAAUUUGCAUUUCCACCCCCCCAGGUACACUGAAUCAGAAUCUACAUUUUAAUAAGAUCCCCAGGUGAUUCUUAGGUAUAAUAAAAUUUUGAGAACCACUGCUGUACUAGUGGUUCUCAGAAUUGGUCCCUAACCAGCAGCAUUAGCAUCGCCUGGGAACUUGUUAGAAAUACAAAUUCUCACCAGGGGCUGGAACCUGAAUGAACAGGUUUAAAGCCCUGCCCCCAUAACAUGCCACCCUAACUGAUCAUGUAAACUUCUCCCUUCCUGGGGGGGCCCCAGCAGCUAAAAGAAGCUUGUCUUACAUGGGUGGGGUUAGGGGGCAAGCAGGGCCUCUACGGAAUCCUGUGGGCAGUGCCCACUUAGGGGAGAUGACCUACGUGAACAUUGUAUCUGGUUCUUUGCUGAUGCUCUGCAUGCUAACGUGGCUAGUUGCAACUACAAGGGUAAUAGACGUAUCCCUGGUCAUCUCGGCUGUGGCACCGUCCUGUCUGUCUUACUGCCCUGACUGCUUCCCGGAGCAGGAGACAGGAUAGAACCCAGCCUGGUUCAGUAUCGUGGGGUUGAAGUCAGAAGGAGCACUUUCGGAGUUGCCUCAUCGGUACGACACCAAUGAUAAUGCCCACCUCUCAAGGUCACCGAGUUCCAGGAGAUGAAAGGCCGAGUGUCUGUACCUGAAAACGGUUAGCAAGUGGUUUGUCACUGUUGAGAAGUUCUCGGCAGGCCUAUCUGGACGCCUCCUGCCUCCCUGCCAAGCCCACUGCCGCAGGCUGGCCUGCCUCUGGCCAUCUCUUCCACUCCCCUAAAUUCCUCUACCUUUGUCAGCCCCAGCCCAGUCCUGCUGCUCCUCUACACUCCUCCUGGUGCUGACAAAGUUCUCUUCUCGGCCUUCCCAACAACUAUGGGGUGGGAUGGAGUCAUUGUCCUUUCAGAGAAGAUUCAGAGGCCAAGGAACUCAGUGGGUCAUGCAGCCAGUAACUGUGGCUCUAGGCUUGAAAGCUGGGAACCUGGAUAUUUUGCCCCAAAGCUAGCAAGUUGACCUCCUGGAGGCAGCACCAGGGCCCCCUUGUUUGGGCACUGGAGCCCUGCUGUCCUCAGGAGGAUCCCACUUAGCUGCUCCAUGCAAACACUGGACUAUCUAAGUCCUCUUUUGGCAGGGAGGCCAGGGCAAGUCCGUGGGCUCAUUCUUAACUAACAAGCUGGAAGGUAUUUAGGAUCCCUCAUCCCCACUUCACCUACAGCCCUUUUUAUUGUCCCCAAGGGAACCCUUUGGAAAGUGACUAGACAAACUCUACUUAACCAGUUUCCUAUGGGGGCUAUGACAUUAAGCCAGCCCCUUCCCUUAGGCUCUUGGGUCUCAUCCAGAUCAUGGCCUCAAUAUAAGAUUGCAAUGACCACGGGAUGCUGGAGCCCAGAGCUACGGCUGCAGAGUAGAAGCAGUUCACCCCAGCCUCAGCCCUACAGCAGCACUUUCCAAACAGCCUUGGGUACUCUUAUUGGCAUUUUCAGAAAAAAGGUUUAUCAAAGUUUGGAAAAUAGACAAAACUAGGUGCCACACCAUCUCUCUGAUGUCCUCUCUAAGCUAUACUGAAAUUCCAAAAGGAAGGACAUACUGUGUUCCAGAAGUUCAAUGAGGGUCACCCAGGGCCCACAGAGCAGAGCACUCUGGGAAGGUCAGCCUUGACAUUCUUGCUAUGACCUCUGUGGCCCCCUGUACUCAAUGAUCACCACCCUCUGGCCAAAGUAGGGCAGGAUCCAGGCAGACGGGAGCACCUCAGCCAGCUGACUGGGCCUGCCCCAGUGGCUGGUUCUGAUGCCUAAAGUCUAUAGAGGUCCAGGUCAGAGACAAACAAUGGGGCCCACGGACUUUAACCCUGUUCUCCCAGCCAGGUCCCUGUGCCACACAGCAGAUCCAGGGCCUGGGCAAUCCCCCACCCCACCUCCCAGCUGGGCAGGGCCCCCCAGCCCUAGCUUCUCUUCCACCUCUGGGAAACAAGGGUGCGAAACUGAUCCAGGGCCAGACGACAGACUAACCGCAGUGGAAGUUCUCUUGGAGAUGAAAAUUCAAUCAAAAGCCUAGCUGGUCUUAAAACUUUGCUGGGUCAAGGGGCCCUCUGAGAAUCUGAUGUACAUU